AUGAAAAACUGCACAGUAAUAAGAACUUUUAUCCUGCUGGGACUGACUGAUGACCCACCCCUGCAAGUUCUGCUUUUUAUCUUUCUAUUUCUCACCUACAUGUUGAGUGUAACAGGGAACCUGACUAUUAUCACCCUCACAUUGGUGGACCAUCACCUUAAAACUCCUAUGUACUUCUUUCUCAGAAAUUUUUCCUUCUUAGAAGUCUCAUUUACUACAGUCUGUAUUCCUAGAUUCUUGUACAGUAUAUCAAUGGGGGACAAUACCAUUACCUACAAUGCUUGUGCCAGUCAAAUAUUCUUUGUUAUUCUCUUUGGAGCAACACAAUUUUUUCUCCUGGCAGCCAUGUCCUAUGACCGCUAUGUGGCCAUCUGUAAACCCCUUCAUUAUAUGGUCAUCAUGAACAACAGGGUGUGUACCUUAUUAGUCCUCUGCUGUUGGGUGGCUGGCUUGAUGAUCAUUGUUCCACCACUGAGCUUAGGCCUCCAGCUCGAAUUCUGUGGCUCCAACGCCAUUGAUCAUUUUAGCUGUGAUGCAGGUCCUCUCCUAAAGAUCUCAUGCUCAGAUACAUGGGUAAUAGAACAGAUAGUUAUUCUUAUGGCUGUAUUUACACUUAUUAUCACCCUAGUUUGUGUGAUUCCGUCCUACUUGUACAUAGUCAGAACAAUUCUGAGGUUCCCUUCUGUUCAGCAAAGGAAAAGGGCCUUUUCUACCUGUUCAUCCCACAUGAUUGUGGUUUCCAUUGCCUAUGGAAGCUGCAUCUUCGUCUAUAUCAAGCCCUCUCCAAAAGAUGAAGUGGCCAUAAAUAAAGGAGUUUCAGUUCUUACUACUUCUGUUGCACCCUUGUUGAACCCUUUCAUUUAUACCUUGAGGAACGAGCAAGUGAAACAAGCUUUCAGUGACUCUGUAAAGAGGAUUGCAUUUCUCUCAAAGAAGUAG